GCUACUCCCAACCCCCGAGCCGAAAUAAAGAGUGUCAUGGGCAUUGCCGUACUUUACUAAAAGAAAAGCCUUCCGCAAACGCUCCCAGUUGCAGCACCCUUCCAGACGCUUCCGUUCCUCUCUCUCUACUUCCGGUAGAAAUCAAGGCUGCGUUAGGAUGGCGACCGCGCGCCUCCUCGCGCGAGUCUCCAGGCAAUGCGCCGGCGCAGUGGCUGCGUCAUCAGCCGCGGGGCGGCACCGGAGGGCCCCGGCGGCGGCGUCCGUGGAGCAGUUCGCCGGUUCCUGUUUGUCUGCCAGGGUUCCACGUAUUUUGAAUCAUCAUUUCAGAUACUCAACCAGCAUUUUUCAAAAGUUUGGUUUCUCCUCUGUUUCACCUCAACAAAGUGAUAAUGAACUGAAAGACCAGGAAAGGGCCUUAGAUGAAUCAAGUGAAGACUGUUCAUCUGGAAGUGAGAACACAUCAGAACCAGGUAUUGAAGGCCUUGAUCUGUCAAAAGAUGAUUUGGUGAAGCUAGUUUGUGAGAAGGACGGAUUGUUGAAGUCCAAAGAUGAUGAAAUCAAAGAUAUGAAGGAUAAGGUUUUGCGCAGCUAUGCAGAAAUGGAAAAUAUCAUUGCUCGGACAAAACGUGAAUCUGAAAACUCCAAAAAAUAUGCAGUACAGAACUUCGCUAAGAGCCUGCUAGAUGUUGCUGACAAUUUGUCUAGAGCAUCAUCUGUUGUCAAGGAAAGCUUCUCGAAAAUUGAUGCCUCAAAAGAUUCUGCUGGAGCUAUCCCACUACUGAAAACCCUGCUGGAGGGUGUGGACAUGACUGAGAAGCAACUAGCAGAGGUCUUCAAGAAGUUUGGAGUUGAAAAGUUUGAUCCGCUAAAUGAGAAAUUUGAUCCUAACAGGCAUUGUGCAGUUUUUCAAAUUCCUGAUCCUUCAAAACCAUCAGGAACUGUUGCUUCUGUUGUAAAGGUUGGCUACAUGUUACAUGACCGCGUCCUCCGCCCUGCGGAAGUCGGUGUCACAGCGGGAGGUGCAGAUGCAACUGAAGAGGCAGAGCAGCCGGAGGAGAAAACAGCAAGGGACUAAAGUUAGCCGUACUUUUUUAGUCAAAGAGUAGAAGGGAUCGAAUGCCCUUUCUGAAUCUCGUUUUUGUUUAGAGUUUGAGAAACUUGAAUGAAUACAGAGAGCUUUUGACCGUAGUUGACACGGGAAGACAGUACAGCAAGCAGGCUGGAGCUUUUUCAUCAUGUUUUGAACUUAUUUAGUUCACUCCGAAAACCAAAAAGUUUUUAA